AUGGAUGAGCUUCGAGACCUGGCGCAAAUUCGACAAGCCGCGUAUAAUCAAUGCAUUGCUAGAGCAAAUACAACAAGUUUCCUCCUCUCUUGUUUACAGUUUUCUGGCGUCUUCCUGAGAGCAAACUGUCUGCCGAGUUCUGCCUCUCCGGUUGGUCGUGGUCACCGUUCCGCCGGAAUCAGACGUUGUAUCCUGCUGAGACAGGUCGCCAAGUCUGCCAGUGACCGAAGCAGGGCGUCUUCUAUCUUCAGGACAGCGAUCCGGCGUGCCUCGUCUGCUAUCAUUCCAGUUCACUGUGUUAGCCGUUUUCUUGUUUGCGCCACUUUUUGCAAUUGUUUUGUUGUUCGUGGAUCCGUGGCUAUAUAUAGCUUCUUGAUCUGCAGUGUUGAGACAGAGCAAAUACUGCAGAGACAGAGCAAAUACAGCGAGUUUCCUCCUCUCUUGUUUACAGUUUUCUGGAGUCUUCCUGAGAGCAAACUGUCCGCUGAGUUCUGCCUUUUCGGUUGGUCGUGGUCACCGUUUUGACAGAACCAGACAUUGUAUCCUGCUGAGAUAGGUCGCCACGUCUGCCAGUAACCAAAGCAGGGCAUCUUCUGUCCUCAAGACAGCGUUUCGGCGUGCCUCUUUUGCUAUCAUUCCAGUUCACUGUGUUAGCCGUUUUCUGGUUUGCGCCACUUUCUGCAAUUGUUUUGUUGGUAUUUGAUUCCGUAGCAUACAAGUUUCUUCCAUACUCUAUCUACUAUUGCUUGUAAGAUUCCGUGAACUGCACUUGAUUUAUUGUAUUGUGGUUGUAACAUUUUGUA